AUUUAGAAGAGCAGAAACGUUUUCAUGCUCAUCUGGAGGCUCUUGACAAGCAGAUGCAGAGCAUGCGGCCUAAACUGGAGGAUGGCCUGACUGACACCGAUUCUGUUGAGCAGGUUCUUUUGGAGCUCAGUGCUCUGUUCCCAUCACUGGUUGACAUCAGGGAGAUGAGUGGCUCUAUGAACCUUAAAAACCAAGAGACAGAGAGGCUACACAUGCUCAGCAGGGAAUGGACUGAAAGCAUGAUUCGCAUAUCUGACAUGAACGGAGAGCUGCGAGCUGAGCAUCAGCUCUCCCAAAACUUUCAGGAGAAGAGUACGAACCUGAUGUCUAUACAGGAGAAGUUGGAGCAAGAGUUAGUGUCCAGAAAGCCUCAAAGUCACUCCAACCUCCAGGAGAUGCUGACUGUCCAUCAGAGACUUCAGGCUGAAAUAGUUACUGGACACCAGCUUCUGCAGGGUCUUAUCUGUGAUGCAGUCAUGGCCACGGAAAAUGAAACGAAAGAGAAAAGAUCUGAAGUCAUGGCACAAGUGGCCUCUCUGAAGACGGGCUGGAUUAACUCUGUAGCUGUGGUUGGUCAGUGCAGAUCUUUGGUAAAAGAGCAGCUGCACCAGUGGAGGACCUACCGUCAUGGUCUGAAAGUUCUGUGGAAGCUCCUGAAGAAUGUCGACAUUCUGGUUCCUCCGCCUGGUCCUGCUCCAUGUGCACUGCAGCAGCUACAGAGCUGUGCGGAUCUUUGCCAGUGCGUUGAAGAGGCUUUGGGUCUGCACUCCACUGUGUACGCCCAGACACUGGCAGCUGGCAGAUACCUGUGUGAAACCGUGGCAGAGGGUGAGUGUCGGAGCCGACUGCAGGCGGAGCGUCAGGUCAUUGAUGAGGCCUGGGAACGAGCCACGUCACUGCUGAGGAGCAGAUCAGACCUGGUCAACACAACAGUUCAGAAGUGGUCUGAGUGUCAGGACGAAAUAAUCAAUAUCAUGUCUGGACUGGAUGAGCUGCAGACCCGGCUGAAGCAACAGCUGCCUGAAAGAUCGGAGGGUUCUGAGGACGAGACAUUUAUUCAGGAAAGUGAGCGCUCUCUGCAGCAUUUGGCCAGUGGAAUGAAGGAACUGGCCACUAUGAAGACAGACCUCUCCCAGUAUGUCACAGCCGGUGACUCGGCUCUGCUGGAGCAGCAGCUGGAGCAACUCCACAGUCAAUGGGAAGAGCUGUGUAUGAAGGUGUCCUUGCGCAGGCAAGAAAUCGCAGACAGUCUCAAUGCCUGGACCAUCUUCAAUGACAAAAACAGAGAGUUCUGCAACUGGCUGACUCAGAUGGAGAAUAAGGUGUGCCACAGUGGAGACCUGAGUAUCAAGGACAUGGUGGAGAAACUGAAGAAGGACUGCAUGGAGGAGAUCAACUUGUUCAGUGAGAAUAAAAGCCACCUGAAGCAGCUGGGUGAGCAGCUGCUGUUAGCCAGUGAUGAGGCCAAGCACACCCAGGUCCACAGCUCACUGCAGGAGGUCAGCCAGCGCUGGCACAACCUCUUCCACCAGAUCGAAGCCAGGGUGAAGAAGCUGAAGGAAACUCUGGUGACAGUGCAGCAGCUGGAUAAGAACAUGAGUAACCUCCGCUUGUGGCUUUACCGCAUCGAGGCUGAGCUGUCCAGACCCAUCACCUACAAUGUCUGUCACCUCCAGGAGAUCCAGAGGAGGCUGGCCGAGCAGCAGGAGCUGCAGAAGGACAUUGAGCAGCACACAGAGGGCGUGGCUUCAGUGCUCAGCCUGUGUGAUGUUCUGCUGCGGGAUGAAGAUGCCGCUGGCGACGCUGAGGCGGAGGGCGACUCCCUGCAGGAAACCAGCCGUAGCCUGGACCAGCGCUGGAGGACCAUCUGUGCCAUGGCUCUGGACAGGAGGCUCAGGAUCGAGGAGACCUGGAGACUCUGGUGCAAGUUCCUUGAUGACUACUCGCAGUUUGAGGAUUGGCUGAAAAUGGCUGAGCACACGGCUGCCAACCCCAACUCUGCAGACGUCCUUUACACCGUUGCCAAGGAGGAGCUCAAGACGUUUGAGGGUUUCCAGCGGCAGGUUCAUGAGCAUCUGACCCAGCUGGAGCUGCUCAACAACCAGUACCGCCGUCUGGCCCGAGAGAACCGCACUGAUCGAGCUAGCCAGCUCAAAGCCAUGGUCCACGAAGGCAACCGGCGCUGGGACACCCUGCGCCGCAGAGUGGCCGCCAUCCUCCGCAGACUCAAGCAUUUUACCAGCCAGAGGGAGGAAUUUGAACGCACCAGGGAGAGCAUGCUGGCGUGGCUGACCGAGCUCGACCUGCAGCUCACCAACGUCGAACACUUUUCGGAGAGCGACAUCCAUCACAAGAUACAGCAGCUCAAUAGUUUGCAGAAGGAGAUCACGCUGAACACUGAGUGCAUUGACGGGCUGAUAGUGUUUGGAGAGAGUCUGAUCCAGAAGAGCUCCCCACAGGAUGCAGCGCUGAUAGAGGACGAGCUGGAGGAGCUACACUCUUACUGCCAGGAAGUUUUCAGCAGACUGGUCCGCUUCCACCAGCGUCUCAGCCAGCCCCCGAUCAUCACAGUAGAACCAGAGCUCUCUGGUAUCACCUUUUGCUUGGAGUCAAGUUUGGAGCUGAUUGGUCGACCGUGGCUGGGGCGGAGCCAGGGAAGCCUCCCGGCCACACCCACCCAUCUGCUAGAAUCGCCACUGGAGCGUUCAGGGCGGGAGACACCGGUGAGUGUGGACUCGCUGCCUCUGGAGUGGGAUCACACCGGAGACGUAGGAGGGUCAUCAUCACAUGAGGAUGAAGAUGAGGAGGAGGAGGGAACUUACUUCAGUGCACUAUCAGCUCCAGGCAGGUCUAAGGUUGUACAUGAGUCUCCAAGAUGGCCGCCACCUGCAGACACAGAACCACAGCCUCUCCAGCAGGACGCACAGGGCCACACUGAGGCUCCACCUGCUCUCGCCAGCACGCCUCUACAGCAGGGCUACCUGCGCCUCAUGUCUCAGUGCAGCGGCAGCAUCGAGAACAUUAGAAGAGUGUCUCUGAUCCUGGAUGACAAGGAGCAGCCGGAGGAGCUCGGCCUGACAGGACUGAUGGCCUCGGACAAACAGUCAGGUGUGAUUGAACGCUGGGAGCUGCUCCAGGCUCAGCCCAGCAGCGACCAGCAGGCCGACCCUCGGGAGCCUCAGUGGCUCGCAUCCGACCUCGACAACAUCACCUCCUGGUUGGAAACCGUGAUCCUGGAGCUGGGCUGCCCUCAGCAGUCUGACCCAGCAGCUAGUGUUGAGGAUAUGGAAGCAAGAGCCAAAGAACUAAAGGAACUGCAGAAGACGUUUACUCACUACAAGUCUGUCAUGUUGUCCGUCAACCUGAGAGCUCAGAAAAGUCCAGAUCUCCAGGAAAGACUGGUGAGAAUGAACAGAGACUGGAGCAGAGCCUGUACUGGCCUCCAGCAGCGGGACACCAGUCUGAGGAAGACUCUGAUGCGCUGCCAGGAUUUUCAUGAAACCCUGCACUCCCUGCUGCUGUGGCUGGCCCAUGCAGAGAGCAGACGGUACACAGUGGACAUCAGUUGCCCAGACACACCUGUCAGAGCCCUGCAACAACACCACAAGACCCUCACUGAUCUGCAGGCGGAGCUCCGUGACCGGCGAGCUCAGCAGGCCUCCCUCCAGGCACUGUGGUCUCAGCUCCAGCCCCAAGACAAGGCGGAGGAGAACGAUGAGGCCCGGGAGAAGCUCCACGUGACGGGAAGUAAGCUGAAACUGCUGCUGAGAGAGGUGGAGCAGGACCUCAGCUCCCUGCAACAGCGUCUGGGCUGUGAAUCUGUAUCGGACGUCCAAGGCCAAAGUGCCUCUGCAGAGGUCACACAUUCAAAGAAGGGUUCCUCCACUCAAAGAGAGAUGAGAGAACCUUCUUCCCCUCCUCGGUCCUUCUUCUCCCGGGUUCUCCGCGCUGCCUUCCCCCUUCACCUCCUUCUGCUCCUGCUCCUGCUGCUCCCCUGUCUGAUUCUUCUAUCUGCAAGUGACUCCAGCUGCACUGUGACCAACAACUUCGCCAGGUCUUUCUACCCCAUGUUACACUACACCAAUGGCCCGCCGCCAACCUGAUAGUCAUAAUUAGCAUUUUUUUUUAAGAACACACUGAACAAUCUUCUGAAAUCCCCAAAUAUUGUAUUUUAAUAUCCUUUUUUUUU